GCUGGAGUGCUGUGGCACGAUCACAGCUCACUGCAGCCUCAACCUCCCGGGCUCAAGUGAUCCGCGUAGAUGGGAUCAUAGGUGUGUGCCACCAUGCCUGGCUAAUUUUUCUGUUUAGAGAUGGGGUCCAACUCUGUUGCACAGGCUGGUUUUGAAAUCCUGGGCUCAUGUAAUCCUCCCGCCUCGGCCUCCCAAAGUGCUGGAAUUACAGGCUUUUAAGCGAUUAGUCCCAAGAAAAUACAUUUAGUCAGCGAGACAAUGGCAAGGUGAGUGUUUUUAGGUUAAAAAAAGAACAGGAACUGUUGGCAGCAGAAUGGCGAUAUUCAAGACAACACGCACAAGAAGAGGCGGGUCCUACGCGCUUCGCUAGGGAAGCCCGGGUCAGCACGCCGCGCAGGCGCAGUGAGUUCGACCCGCCAUGCCGACUGUUAGCGUGAAGCGUGAUCUGCUCUUCCAAGCUCUGGGCCGCACCUACACUGACGAAGAAUUUGAUGAACUAUGUUUUGAAUUUGGUCUGGAGCUUGAUGAAAUUACAUCUGAGAAGGAAAUAAUAAGUAAAGAACAAGGUAAUGUAAAGGCAGCAGGAGCCUCUGAUGUUGUUCUUUACAAAAUUGACGUCCCUGCCAAUAGAUAUGAUCUCCUGUGUCUGGAAGGAUUGGUUCGAGGACUUCAGGUCUUUAAAGAAAGGAUAAAGGCUCCAGUGUAUAAGCGGGUAAUGCCUGAUGGAAAAAUCCAGAAAUUGAUUAUCACAGAAGAGACAGCUAAGAUACGUCCUUUUGCGGUAGCAGCAGUUCUCCGUAAUAUAAAGUUUACUAAAGAUCGAUAUGACAGCUUCAUUGAACUUCAGGAGAAAUUACAUCAGAAUAUUUGCAGGAAAAGAGCACUGGUUGCCAUUGGUACCCAUGAUUUGGACACUUUGUCAGGCCCAUUUACUUAUACUGCAAAGCGUCCUUCAGAUAUCAAAUUCAAGCCUCUAAAUAAGACCAAGGAGUAUACAGCCUGUGAACUGAUGAACAUAUACAAGACUGACAAUCACCUGAAACAUUAUUUACAUAUCAUUGAAAACAAACCCCUGUAUCCAGUUAUCUAUGAUAGCAAUGGUGUCGUCCUUUCAAUGCCUCCCAUCAUCAAUGGGGAUCAUUCCAGAAUAACAGUAAAUACUAGAAAUAUUUUUAUUGAAUGCACAGGAACUGACUUUACUAAGGCAAAAAUAGUUCUUGAUAUUAUUGUCACCAUGUUCAGUGAAUAUUGUGAGAAUCAAUUUACGGUCGAAGCUGCUGAAGUGGUUUUUCCUAAUGGAAAAUCACAUACCUUUCCAGAAUUAGCUUACCGAAAGGAGAUGGUGAGAGCUGACCUAAUUAACAAAAAAGUUGGAAUCAGAGAAACUCCAGAAAAUCUUGCCAAACUUCUGACCAGGAUGUAUUUAAAAUCAGAAGUCAUAGGUGAUGGGAAUCAGAUUGAGAUUGAAAUCCCUCCAACCAGAGCUGACAUUAUCCAUGCAUGUGAUAUUGUAGAAGAUGCAGCUAUUGCUUAUGGAUAUAACAACAUUCAGAUGACUCUCCCGAAAACUUACACCAUAGCUAAUCAAUUUCCUCUUAAUAAGCUCACUGAACUUCUCAGACAUGACAUGGCAGCCGCUGGCUUCACUGAAGCGCUUACCUUUGCCCUGUGCUCCCAAGAAGAUAUUGCUGAUAAACUUGGUGUGGAUAUCUCUGCAACAAAGGCAGUCCACAUAAGUAAUCCUAAAACAGCUGAAUUUCAGGUGGCACGCACUACCCUUCUUCCUGGCCUCCUGAAGACCAUAGCAGCAAAUCGUAAGAUGCCCCUUCCGCUGAAACUGUUUGAAAUCUCCGACAUUGUAAUAAAAGAUUCUAAUACAGAUGUAGGUGCAAAAAACUACAGGCAUCUCUGUGCUGUUUAUUACAACAAGAAUCCUGGGUUUGAGAUCAUUCAUGGGCUGCUGGACAGAAUUAUGCAGUUGCUCGAUGUGCCUCCUGGUGAAGACAAGGGGGGAUAUGUGAUCAAAGCAUCAGAAGGUCCUGCUUUCUUCCCUGGGCGAUGUGCAGAGAUCUUUGCCAGGGGUCAAAGCGUCGGGAAGCUUGGGGUCCUUCAUCCUGAUGUUAUCACCAAAUUUGAGCUGACCAUGCCCUGCUCCUCCCUAGAAAUCAAUAUUGGACCCUUUUUGUGAAGAUUGGUCUCUGUGGUGUGAUUCUCUUCCCAGGUGUCCCUUUCUCCUCCCCUAGUGUCCUUAAGUCCUCCUCCACAGGGAACAUCUAAUUGGGCUUUAAUGUUUAAUAAAGUAGAAAGCACUGUCUGGCUGUGUGGGUAGAGACCACCCUUUCCCUGCAUUAGGCCAGCUUGUGCCAUAUACGAA